UUGCGAGUGGCAAAUAAGGCUGAAUACAUGACUGUUUUGAAAAACGUGGCAAAUUCAAUCUUUUCAACAGGUGGAUUUAUUAGGAAAAUUGAAAACUGGGGUGAGAAAGAUCUCCCAUGUAAAGCACAUACCGAUCAUGGAAAUUAUACACGAGCUGGUCAUUUUAUGUUUUCUUUUGAUGUUCCACCAGCCAGUGUAAAAUUAAUUAAGGAUGAUUGUAAAAGGAAUUUAGGGAUUAUCAAAGCAUAU